GGGAGAAGGGCUUUUGUGUUUGGCCACAUCGGUCAUGAAGAGUGGAGACAAGAACUGGGUAUCCGUCAGUCGAGCCAUCAAACCAUUUGCGGAACCCGGGAGACCACCCGACUGGUUCUCUCACAAGCACUGCGCCUCCAAGUACUCCGAGCUCCUGGAGACGGCCGAGGCCCCGAAGCAGAAGUGCGGCGCCGGAGGUGAAGUGGUGGAGACGGCGAAGGACGUGAUGGUCCGUCGCCUGACGGCCGACAGGGUUGAUGCACUGAGAGAGCUGAUCAAGGAAACACAGGAGAAGCACAGGAAGCUGAAGAGGGAAGCUGAGCUGAUUCAAGCAGGAUGUCUAGAUUCCAAACUAGAAGAGUUAUGGGGAGACAUCCUGCAGAAGAAGAAACUGGAGGAGAAGGAAGCCGAGCUGAAAAGAAAAAACACAAACACUGCUUAUAAGGCCAGACGGGUGGCAAAGAGCACACCCAAGCCAGAGCCCGGCAUCCCCGUGCACCCGCCCUCCGGCUGCAGCGCCCCAGGACAGGUGUUCUCACCAGGUGACCCGCCGGAGUGUUUGACGCUGGAUCUCGCGUUGACGAAAAAUCCUUCGGGGUCGGCCAGAUUAGCGGCGAUGGCCGAGUCUUCUGGACCAGGGAACGUCGGCCCCGGGUCGCUUCUGGAUGAUCCCGCCCAAAGGAAGCUCCUGAGCCAGAAGGCCACGGCGCCGCCGUCGCCACUUCUGUCCGAGUUACUGAAGCAAGGCAGUAUCUUGGCCACACAUUCCAGACUGAUUGGGGAGGGGGACGUGACCACUGCUAAUGUGACAGGAGCACAUGACUUGCAGCUGGCUCCACCUAGACAACCUCUCACUCAGGCAACAGGCGCCCCGAUGCUGUCGCAUCUCCUGGAGGCGGGUCCCGCCCAGUUUUCCGCCCCGUUAGCUUUCGUGGUCGCGGCCUCCAGCGCCGCCCCCACCUCUGCUGCCCCGCCUGUGUCUGUUGACUCCACGGCUUCGGCAAACACAGAGAGGCCUUUGCCCCCUGGAUGCCGGCCUGUCGACGGCGAGGACAAGGUGGCGGCGCUCGGCCAGGGGGACGCGACUGUGUCCUACGUGGGGGAUGGGCUGGACCUGAAGACGGUGGGGGACAUUAUCGCCAUCAUUAAGGGCGAGACAGACGUGACCUCGGAGGCUUUGGACGCGCAGUCCCUGUGCGAGGAGAACGGCCGUGCUUUGUCUGGCGCCGGGGGGCCGGGGCCUUUCCACCCCCGCGGCUCGGUGCCCACGGGGGUCCAACAGGCCUCGUCUCCUCACAGCAGCCCGCAGGGGAAGACGGAAGUGUUGGAAGCACACGGCGGGACUCCAGCUUCGCCCUCCUCUCUGUGCAUCAGUCGAAAGCGCGGCCUGGCGGCAUUCCCCAUGGGGCCGGGGGGCCUUCCUCGCACCCCCUCGUCCUGGAAGAGCUCACAGCAGCACCGCGCUGGUGCGCCUCCACAGCCUCAGGCAAUGAGGGGGGCCGGAGUGUUGGCGCGACAGAAAAGUCGCAUUUCAUCGGAUGUUACUCUGAAACGUGAGAGUGGACCCGGACCCCCCCGCGACGACUCUGUAGCAGAAGACGGCCCGCUGACAGCGUGGCGCCCGAAGGGGACGACAGCGGUGACGGAAGCACGCGGAGGCGGCGAGGCCGACGGGGCGGAGGGAUGCUCGCCGGGGCUCAGCGACAGCGAGGACAGCUGCAGCCUCCACGCGGCCUCCUCCUCGACUCCUCGGCUCCACGCGGCGCCGGACUCCGCCCCCAGCAGCCCCGCCUCGUCACAGUUUUCGGUUUGCAGCGACGACCACGAAUCUCUGCAGGCUCACAAGAUGUGGAAGAAAGCCAUCAUGCUGGUGUGGCGUGCGGCGGCUAAUCACAGGUAUGCAAAUGUCUUCCUGCAGCCAGUAACUGAUGACAUUGCACCCGGGUACCACGGUAUUGUACAGAGGCCCGUGGACCUUGCCGCCAUAAAAAAGAGCAUUGAGGCCGGUUUGAUACGGAACACGGCUGAGUUCCAGAGGGACAUCAUGCUGAUGUUCCAGAACGCGGUCAUGUACAACAGCCUGGAUCACGACGUGAACCACAUGGCUCUGGAGAUGCAGCGCGACGUCUUGGAGCAGAUCCAGCAGUUUCUGGCCACCCAGCUCAUCGUGGAGACGUCCGAGUCUGGCACCAGCGGCAAAAGCCUGAGUGGCCGCGAGAGCAGCCGCAAACAGGACGCUCCUGACGAGGACGCCGUCUCCAUGUCCUCUCCGGCCUUCCUCCUUUCUCUUUUUGAUGGAGGCACCAGGGGGCGCCGUUGUACCGUUGAAGCUGACCUCAAGAUGAAGAAAUGAACAUGCAGUACGACAGUUGUAUUCAGUAAUGUUCCCGAGUAGAACCCAAAGAUGUGAAACCAACGGACUGAAGUUAUUCCGUUAGUGCCACAGACUCUCCCCUCCCUAAAAGGCAGAGUCACUUUUAUUUGCACUCGAGAGGAAAUAUACUGUCAUGUGGACAAUCUCCUUUCCUACGAUACAGCCGCACACACCUGGAUUACAUACGGUAUAAUCCCAGAUUACAAUGGGUCAGGAAGGAAAUGGUCAAACCUCCUGUAGGAGUAGCUUCAGAUCACUUUUCGGCUGCUCUGAAUUACAUCAGGUGGUUUACUGUAGAGGAAGAGACUCCAACCCUACGCAUUGACUGAAUUAAGUGUUCAUGAGACCUGGUAUGUACUUCAGAUUAGUGUGGUUGAAACAUUCCAUGUUGCUGAUGAAAUGCAUAAACUGAGGCCAAAGAGUCUGAAGGUAGAAUUGGAGAAUGAUCAGGGGGGGUCGGGGUUGCACAAUCAUUAAAAAAAAAUUAAGUUUACAGUUAAACUCUCAAAUCAUGUUUGAACGUAUCUAUAUUGUUUGUGUAGGAUUGAUUUUAUUAAAAGGUGCAGAUUGUGUUAUUUUCAGUAUUUGAGAAAACGUCCUGUUAAAAGUUUUCUGGACUUUUAAAGAUAAAAAAUAAAAUGUCAUAAAAAGCUCUUUCCAGCAUGUUAAA